AAUAAUUUAGGUUAUGUUAUAUCACGAACACGAUCAACACGAAAAUCAGUGAACGAAAAGACGAAAACCAGUUUUUCCAGUUUUUUGUGCCCCCUUGGAUUCCCCCAUGAAUUAAUUGAAUCUAACUUUAUUCCCUAGUUUUCCUCUCCGUUUCAAUGGUUUUGAAGUGUCAACCUAAGAAAUCAUGGUUUCUCGUAACUCAUGUGCACCUCAUUGUUUUCAUUUAUUGACAAGUGAUUUUUUUCUCAGGAAUAUAAAUUAUUAAAUGCAUAUGUUUCCAAGUUUCAUUUAGUUCUUAAUUUAUUAUGUAUAUUGGUUCCUAUGGAGCUCAAGGAGUGCUUAACUGAUGUUCAAAACUUCGUGACAGAAAUCGACUACAGUGAGAUCGAGCCAAUUCAGGUUGUUGGAGAGGGAUCAUUUGGCACAGUAUGGAAAGGGAAAUGGCGAGGAUCUUACGUAGCAGUCAAGCACAUCAAUGCCGAAAAAGAAAAGAAAGCUUUUACCGUUGAGGUUAAGCAACUGUCUAGAGUUCAUCAUCCAAAUAUCAUCAAGCUGUUUGGUGCGUGUACGAACAAUCCAGUAUGCCUUGUUAUGGAGUUUGCCGAAGGAGGCUCCCUGUAUGAUU